UGUAAAGUUGUGCGGUGCUAUUAAAGGAUGAUGACGGCCGGUUUUUAAUAUUUUUUUUUUACUAUUAUUACUGUUAUAUUGUUACUUCUAUUGUUACAUUUAAUUUUAAAUAAUAUUUUUUAAUUUUAAUUUAUUUAUUUUUUUUUAAAUUUUAUUUCGUAAUAAUUAACAUAACUGCGUUUACAAUGAAUUAAUUGAAUUUAAAUGAGAGAAAAACAUUAAUGGAAAUUUUAAGAUUUUUUAUAAAAUUUGAGACAAUAACAAAAAUAAUUUGAUUUGUGAUUUUAAUAAUAAAAAAUUUAAUUAAAAAACAAAAUAAUUUUUAAGUUAAAUCGCGCACUAUAAAUGGAACUGAUCUCGUACAAUAAUGUGAAAAAAUUAAUUUCCGUAGAAAGCAAUUGGAAGUCAAAAGAGAAACGUUAAAAUUAAGAAGCAAAUAAAAAAAAAUAAAAUCACUCAAUUUUUUAAAUUUUCUAAUUUAAUUUAAUGAAAAAUUGAACUUUUGAGUAAAAAAAUAUUAAAAUAAUUAUAAUUUGAGUGAAAUUUAAUUGAGUAACAGUAAAAGAGUAAAAUUUAAUUAAACUGAGAGAAAGAGUGGAAUUUUAAAAAUAUAAGAGAAAAAAUAAAUAAACUAAAGUAAAAAAUUCUAAAUAAAUUUCUUAAAACGAAAAAAAUUAAAGAAUUUUUAUUAAAAUUUAGAAAACGAAAGAAAUAAUUUUUAUAUAUACCUAAAAAAUUAAACAAAACUCUUAAGAAAAUGUUAAUUUUAUGGAUGGGUGUAUUAAAAACAUCAAUGGUUGUUGGAUUAACUUGUGUGGUUGUUAAUAGGAACGCUUACAGUCGAAGAAGUUUACAAGGACCGAGAUCAAUUCGCAGCAUUAGUAAGAGAAGUGGCCGCACCUGAUGUUGGCCGUAUGGGUAUCGAAAUUUUAUCAUUUACAAUUAAAGAUGUUUAUGAUAAUGUCCAGUAUUUGGCAUCAUUGGGUAAAGCUCAAACAGCUAGUGUUAAACGUGAUGCUGAUGCUGGUGUUGCUGAAGCUAAUCGUGAUGCUGGUAUUAGAGAAGCUGAAUGUGAAAAAAGUGCUAUGGAUGUUAAAUAUUCAACAGAUACAAAAAUUGAAGAUAAUGCCAGAAUGUAUAAAUUACAAAAAGCUAAUUUUGAUCAAGAAGUUAAUACAGCGAAAGCUGAAUCACAACUCGCCUAUGAAUUGCAAGCAGCUAAAAUCAGGCAAAGAAUUCGUAAUGAAGAAAUUCAAAUUGAUGUUGUUGAACGUCGAAAACAAAUAGAAAUUGAAUCACAAGAAGUUCAACGUAAAGAACGUGAAUUAAUGUCAACUGUUAAAUUACCUGCUGAAGCUGAAUCAUAUCGUGUACAAACGAUAGCACAAGGAAAACAAACACAAACUAUUGAAGCUGCCAAAGCUGAAUCUGAAAAAAUUAAAAAACUUGGUUUAGCUGAAGCUUCUGCUAUUGAAUUGGUUGGUAAAGCUGAAGCUGAACGAAUGAGAAUGAAAGCUGCUGUAUAUAAACAAUAUGGAGAUGCUGCCAUUAUGAAUAUUGUUUUGGAUGCAUUACCAAAGAUUGCUGCCGAAGUUGCUGCUCCAUUAGCUAAAACUGAUGAAAUUGUAUUAAUUGGUGGUAAUGAUUCAACAACAAAUGAUGUUGCACGUUUAUGCGGACAAUUACCACCAGCAAUUAAUGCAAUAACUGGUGUCGAUUUAUCAAAGGUAUUAUCUAAAAUACCGGGUGCUAAAGCGUGAAGCUUAAAUAAGCAAAUAAAACAACAAUAUAAACAAUUAGAAAAUGAAGAACAAUUACAAUGUUUAAUAAAACCAUCAUCAUCAACGUCAUCAUUAUCAAUAGCAGCAGCAGCACCACUACAAUCAACAUCUAAAACAAUACAACAAACAUUUAAUAUUGGUAAUAGAAUAAAUAAUAAUAGUAAUAUAUCUGUUUAUCAACGUCAACAAAUACAUCAACAACAACAACAACAACAUCAACAGGAACUUGAACGAAAUUCGGCAAUACCAUCAACAUCGUCUUCUGCAACACAAUUUAAAAAAUCAACAACAAUUUUAUAAAAUUAUAAAAAACAAAACUUAUAUUAUAUACUUUUAAAAUUAAAAAAAAAAAUAUAUUAUAUACUAUUAUAUAUAAAAUAAAUAAUUUUUUUUCGAUUUUCAUAUUAUGUAAAAAAAAAAAGAAAAAAAAAACAAAAAAUGUAAAAAAAA